ACAAACGAGACGCCAAACUCAAAUCUGUGGGUGUCUUUGUCUUUGUUCCAAACCAACAACAAUUAACAAUUAAUUAUUUCUUAAUUAUUUAAUUAAGAAAAACAAAACAAAACCCCUCUCUCUCUCUCUCUCUCUCUCUCUCUCUCUCUCAUUAUAUUAUAACUAUAAGAGUAACAUUCAUUCUUAAUUCUUAUUUUGAUUCUUCUUCUGAUUCUGCUUCUAUUUCCGUGUCAAUUUCUACAUCAUCAUCAUGUUUCAGCCUCGUUUUCUUCCAUUAUUACUCUUUCUCCCCUGUUUUUUCUCUGUUCUUUUCGUAUCUUCAAUUCGAUUACCCGGUUUAGAAGAAGAUAAACCAACGCUUGGAUCGGUUUUUGGAGUAAGAAAAGUGAAGUUUGAUCCCACACGUGUCAUUCAGCUCUCAUGGAGUCCUAGGGCUUUUCUGUACAAGAAUUUUUUAACUGAUGAAGAAUGUGAUCAUCUUAAAGAGCUGGCCAAGGAUAAACUUGAGAAGUCUAUGGUGGCGGACAAUGAAUCUGGUAAAAGUAUACAAAGUGAUGUCAGAACAAGUUCUGGGAUGUUUCUCAGCAAGGCACAGGAUGAAAUAGUUGCUGGCAUCGAAGAUCGAAUUGCCGCAUGGACAUUCCUUCCUAUAGAGAAUGGCGAGUCUAUACAAGUAUUGCACUACCAGAAUGGUGAGAAAUAUGAACCACAUUUUGAUUUCUUCCAUGACAAGGACAAUCAACGACUCGGUGGCCAUCGUGUUGCAACAGUGCUGAUGUAUUUGUCUAAUGUUGAGAAGGGUGGAGAAACAAUUUUUCCUUAUGCCGCGGGCAGGUUGUCGCAGCCAAAGGAUGAGAGUUGGUCUGAAUGCGCUCACAAAGGAUACGCAGUAAAACCUCGUAAGGGUGACGCCUUAUUGUUCUUCAGUCUUCAUCUGAAUGCAACUACAGACACUAGUAGUUUACAUGGAAGUUGUCCAGUGAUUGAAGGUGAGAAGUGGUCUGCAACAAAGUGGAUUCACGUCGCAGACUUUAUGAAACCGAUACGGCUAGCAUCUGACGACGAUGGAGAGUGUGUUGAUGAGAAUGAGAAUUGUGGUAGAUGGGCUAAAGUUGGUGAAUGUGAGAAGAAUCCACUUUAUAUGGUUGGUAAUGAUGGAGUUAAAGGAAAAUGUAUGAAGAGUUGCAAUGUUUGCUCUUCUUCUUCUUCUUCUUCUUAGGGAGGUUAUCAUGAUUUAUGUUAUAAACUAGAAAAUUGUAAUGAAUUACAGAAAGAAUUUAAAAGAAUAGAAAGUGUAUUAUUGAAAAAUGAAUAGAAAUUAAAAAAAUAAUCCUCUUAAGGGUUUUUCCUUUACAAUGAA